GAUCUUUUUCACUUCUUUUCUACACCUUUUUGCACACCCAGAUUUCAGAUCCAAAAUUUAGGUGUGGGAAGAAGGAGAUUGAAGAAGAUACACUAACCAGAACCCAUUGCUUCCAAUCCUUCAUCUCUUCAAAAACCCACCUUGUGUUUAGUACAAAAGGUGGAGUCUUUAUAGUUUAACUACCGCCAUUGUUCGCGUACUUCCAAAUAUUUUCAGUUUUCGUAACUUCCCUUACCAAAACCAAAAAAGGGUUUACUUUUUAGGCUUGGCAGAAUCCAAGGGCCUGGAGGUUCUUCUGCAGGUGUUAUAAAGAGGAUAUAUAGGUUGAACCUUGAAGAUAUUCAGGAUGUUCAAGCUAUCUCCUCGCAGGAACCCGAGAUCUAAAGGUUUCAAGGUGAAGCAUGUACUACAAAUAUGUCUUUUGGCGGGUGUCUGCAUCUGGCUAGUUUACCAAGUCAAGCAGUCUCAAGUCAAGAAAUCACAGUUGGCUGCAAGCAUAAAAGAUGGCAAUGGAAUUGUAAAUUUAGGAAGAAAGGCCCUCAACCCUCUUCGGGAGGAAACUGUUGUUGAAGAUGCAAGGCACAAGGAGGAGGAGGAAGAAGAAGAAAACAGGAAUGUGGAAGAGCCAAACAAGCCUGUAGAGAUCGAUAAUGUUGGAGGAGGCAGUGGAGAAGACCAGAUAAAUGAAAAUGAUCAGCCUAAAGUUGAAGAAACGAGGGAUGAUCAUGUUGAUUCAGUAGAAGGAGAUAAAGAAACGGAAGUGACAAGAGAGACUAUUAAUGAGGAGGGCACUGUGAAUGAAGAUGAACAGAUCAAGGAUGAUGUGGAUGGAAACACAAAGAAUGAAGAUGUCAAAGAGAAUGAGACUGAGGAGAGCAAUGAAAGGGUAACUGAAGAGGUCAAAGAGAAAGAAAGUGAAGAGGUGAAGGAGACUGAAGUGACCAAAGAAAAAGAAGGUGAAGAGGUGAAGGAGAAUGAAGAGACCAAGGAGGAAGGAACAUCGGAGGAGAGUCAAGGGGAGGUCAAUAAGGAGGAGGGGGAAGAGCACAAUGAGACAGAUAAAGAAAAGGAGGCAGAAGAGAAGGAAGGUGAUAAGAUUGAACAGGUGAUUUUAGCUGAUGACCGGCUUCAAGAUGGAGGUGAAAAACAUAAUGAGGAGGCAAGAGAAGAGCAUUACAAGGCUGAUGAUGCUUCCAGUGCUGUGGCUCAUGAAACUCAAAAUGUAUCAGCCAAUAAUGAACAAGGUGGUUCAGAAAACACUAAUGAAUCAGAGCAGUCAGUUGACAAAGAAAAGCAGGAGUUUGAGCGGGAGAACAAUGCAAAUAGCACUGUAGUGGAUACAGACCAAAACAAGUCGGUCUCAAAUGGGGAAGCAGUGGAAAGCGGUGAAAAGAAUGAUACUAAUAAUGCUACCGUAACCAAAGUGGUUUCUGAGGGUAAUCCUUCUGAAACAGAGAAUGGUUCUAAAUCCAGUUCAACACUGGCCACAGAAUCAUUAGAGCAGCAGCAAGUGGACACCAAAAAAGAUGAGUCUGCUCAGCAAACUGUUGUCACAGAGUACACUGAGAGAUCUGAUGUAGCUGCUAACAGUGGGCAACAAGACUCCACAACUGAGAAGGGAGAUACAACUAAUGGAGAAUCCAAAAAAGAUGACUCCGCUCAGCAAAAUGUUGUCACAGAGCAAACCGAGAGAUCUGAUGUAGCUGCUAACAGUGAGCAACAAGACUCUGGCACAACAGCUUCCACCACAACUCAGAAGGGAGAUACAACUAAUGGAGAAUCCACAGAUACUUCUACUAAUUCUGAAUCAGUUGUGACAGAUAAUCAGAUUGUCAACUCCAAUACAUCUACAGAAAAAGAGAGUGGUUCUGCAUCUUCAGACAUGAACAUUGUUCAAAAGACAAAUAGUGACACUGUGGAAGAAGGAACACAAGAAAGUAUACUUACGCAGAAAACAAAUGACAAUGUAGAUAAUGGUGCAGGGCAACAAGUUGAUUCUUCUAAUUCUACAGAACAGCAAGAGAAAGAUGCAUCCUCAAGCACAGAUAACAAAUCUGAUGCAGGCCAGAAUGAAAAUGACAGUGCUGUUCAGAACAACACAAACGACAAUGCAAAUAGCAAUGGCAAUACGGAUGCAAACCAUGGAGAAUCAGGUGACUCUUCCAAUUCUUCUGUAUCACAAGAGAAAGAGGCAUCUCAAAACACAGAUAGUAAUGCUGAUUCAGAACAGAAAGAGAAUGAGAAUGUUGUUCAAAGCAAUACUGAUGACAAUGCAGAUGCGGGCCAAAAGGAAUCAGUUAAUACUUCAGUAUUCUCAGACACCAAUGCUGAGACGGGGGAUAGUCAAAAGGAGAAUGUCGCUCAGAGCAAUGCAAAUGAGAAUGUGGUCCAGAGCAACACAAAUGAGAAUGUCGUUCAGAGCAACACAAAUGAGAAUGUCGUUCAGAGCAACGCAAAUGAGAAUGUGGUCCAGAGCAACACAAAUGAGAAUGUCGUUCAGAGCAAUGAAGCUUCAACAAGCACAAAUGACAACACUGAGGCACAGAAUGUCAAUGUUGAUUCUUCAAAUUCUUCGAUCCCUGAAGAAGAGAAAAAGGCUCGUAUAGACCUGGACACUUUGCCAGAAAGCAAAGUUGAUGCUGCAGUGUGACACACUUGGUCACUGUUUAUUGAACACGCCUGUAUGUCAAUUUGUUUUUCGUCUUUUUCUUCCAAGGUAAUUAGGGAUAAUUGUAAUGUUCUUUGUUCAUUAUAUUUCAUUGUGAUUAUAGUGCUAAAGAUUAAAUAUCAAUCAACUUUCAAGGUGCUGUUUGAGUUGUAAAUUCUACGUUUUGAGAAUGCACAAUUUGGAUGCUGUUUUUCUUUUUCUAUC